AUGGUAGGCAAUCAAGAUUCAGCAUUAGAUGGGGACCAGGCCAAACCGAGGGAAUAUUUUCGACUCGGAUUCUCGGAUUUUAAACGCGGAAUUCCUCCUCGUAUUCCUCUGAGAUACAAAUGUAUUCUCUAUGGUACGGAUUGCAAGUGGUCGUUCAACCGAAGCUAUGACUGCCAUAGGCAUAAAAGACAACACCUAGAGGGAGAUGCUCGGGCAGAACAUUUACAUUACUGUCCUCUCGGCACCGGCUGCCCUCUGGACUUCAAAAAUCUCCAAUUAGGCAACCUUCGCAUACAUAUUAAAACGAUUCAACCGUUUGUGCUUACCACGGACUUGGAAGCAUUCGCUCAGCACCAGGCAGAGAAACACGGCGAUCUACAGCCUUCCGCAUUACCCCGCAUCAUCACCAGUCCCCUUCCUUCUGAAACUCCAGUUUCGUCCCCUCCAGCCCUCUCGCAGCACACUACACCAGCAAAGAUCACUCUGGUGCCACUCGCCACUCUCAUCCGUGGUCAGCCCGCUCCGAUGCCUCCGAAGAUGCUGCCUUGCUCUUUUAUUCAACGUGCCCGCUUGCCACUCCCAGAAGACUGCUGCCUGACACCGAUUAUGCCGCACCGCCAUGACAGCUGGCACUGUGCGGCACCAACACCUUACAAGUUCAAGGCACACUCACGCAUCGUUCCAACACUUCGCAACUUCCUUCGCGACGACUGUGGCAUCGAGCUCAUUCCGAAGCGCCGCCUGAUUCAUUGCCAUCUUCCUUCGCUAACUGGCCCCUUUGAGUCCCCCGAAUCCGCACUGAUGAGCAGUGGGAGCUCUUCCUCUUCGCCCGACACCAGUCACCCUGGUCCUCACCCACGCUCUCCGAUCAGUCAACAGACCACUAAUACAUCUACCCUUCGGUGGGUUGGUGCUGUGACCGUCUCAGAUCCGAUAAAUGACACCCAAUACAGCCGUUUCCGCUUCGUAGGUGACAAAGUCCUCUCCACCCGCCCCGACUCGCAGGUGUUUCCUGCUCCUUGA